CAUGCGGAGCACGAAGUAUAUAACAUACAGGGCUGACAGCGAACAUGCGUAAUUUUCACCAAGAAAACACCAUAUAAUAGAGGUCCACUUCCUCCUCCCUCCUUUUCCAAUGUUCCCGCAUCUCCACCAUUCAACAACAACGCAAGAUGGCUUUAUCCUACGUUUGACAGAUUAUCCUGUGCCGUGCCCUGCGUAAUCGUUUUUCAGUAUGCUCGUGGAAAGCCGUGGUUUGGUCAUGUUGCAACUGCAAGCUGCGAUACUAAUUCUGGCAGCGCUACUAAUAUCCUGUGAAGAGAGCUUCACUGCACUGCCAGCUGCAUUGGAAUCGAAAGCGCAUAUUGUGCCUCGGAAGAUUCACAAGCGACCAAGUGCCGCCCAGAUGCCUCAAGCUUCGAGAGAUGUUCGAAAUAUCCUGGAAGGAUUCCAGGUGAAUGAAAACCGCAUAAUUCGAACCGAGGACUCACGUCGAAUGGGAGCGAAGUACUUGAACGAGACUGAGGUCGGCUCCAAUAGGGACUGCAUCAUUUGGUGCUGGGAAACAACCAACUGCAAUGUGGCUGUCUUUGAAGAAAAGAGCAAAGGCAGCUGCUACCUGUUUGACUGUGGUCCGCCAUCUGCCUUUCUGUGCUUGUUCACGUCACACGCAUUUUAUACUGUUUCCCUUCUACUUGUGGGACCGAGGGACACAGAGUGGGGAUUACCCUCAAGACACGAAGAUGAGCUGACACAGUUGCGCCAGCCACCUCUUCUACUGUCUACCGAGGUCCCACCCGAGGUCCCGGAGUCCCAAGUUCCCACUCUGAUCCCAACGGCUACCGAAAGUGCAACCCGAAUUACAACUGCUGUUCCAGACACACGCUGCCAGAGAUUUCAGUUCCAGUGUCAAAACUCCAGCGAGUGCAUUGCAGUGUACAACGUUUGUGAUGGAAUACCACAAUGCCCGGACGGUAGUGACGAAAGUGACGACUUAAACUGCCCUGGAGCUAAAUCUGGAGAUAAAGCCACAGCAGCGCCAAACAGUCAGACAUCAUCGCUGCCACCUACAAUUUUCCAAGCGGACGUGACGACCACCCCUUCCCGUGGUCUGUCUCAGACAGGAGAUCCGUCUCCUCCGAGAGAACCGCCCCCGAGCAACAACAUCAACCAGGAAUUAAGAGGGCGGCCUAGCCCUUUUCACCACAAGACUGGCAUCAGGCUCCCUUCUGUGCCACGAAAUGAACUGAACAGCUGGCCUGGAGAUGCCAGACAGUCACAGCCUUCAAGGUCCGACUACGCCCCAUACGGGUCCGACCCAUAUUUGGGCUACCAAGACAAAUACGACGACUACGGUGCCUAUACCGACAAUGGUAGACUGUGGGUUGGAGACAAUGAUCUCCAGCUUUAUCCUUCUAUACCCGAAGGUGCCAUGACGCCGCAACAGGCGAGACCUCAGAAUCAGCAUUCAAGUCUCCAGCAGAUUCCACGCUUCAGACAGCAAGAAAUGCAACGUCAGUUUCGUCAGCAGCAAAUUCUGCAGCAGCAGCAACUUCAGCAUCAACUUCAACAGCAGAAGCAAUUGGCAGCAAUGCAAGGAAGAGGUGACAAGCAGUGGAGGAUGCUACACAGACCAACACCAGUGCUGGAGCAACCAGAAAUUCCCCUUCAAGAGUCGUCCUACAUUCGUCCUCACCCUGCUGUUACAUAUGAAGGGCUACGGCAGCGCCUUCCAGAGUCCCCACCAUUAAUAUCAAAUGAACCAGUAAGGCCGGGCGGCCGACAGCUAUCACUCAACAUUGGCUCUUCCGAAGGCGGUUUUGUCCAGCACCAGUCCCCGAAGGAGACAGCUGCUGCGGCCCCGGAGUCUGAACACACUCCAAUGGCAGCAAAGCCGGUAGCGCCGCCAACUAGCAGCAAUGAUAAUUUGUACGAGACAGUAGUUGAAGUGGAGCCUCCUCCAGUUCCAGAGCAUCAUCAUGGUAAAGCACAGGCAAAGCAGGCUACCAAAAACAAGAACAAGCCUCAUUCAACGCAUCCACACCCGUCGGUACAGUUCGGUAGCCUCAGCGAGGUUGCCAACAUGCGUGUCAGCUUCACCCAAGUAGAACAGGCAGGCAGGGUGGCCAACAGAGAAUCAAGUUCUGCUGUUCUAGCCCUCACUCUGGGCCUGUGUGUCACGGGACUCCUGCUCGUGCUUGUUGGGUGUCGACUACGGCUUGCACGUCACCGCCUGGCCCGUAGGGGAGGGAGGUCUGCACUCGCCCAUGAUGCAGACUACCUCGUUAACGGAAUGUAUCUCUGAGGAAAUUCUUUUUUUUUUUUUUUCCCUUUCAAAAUCUACAAUGGCAACAGAAGCCAUCAGAAGGAAAACUUGGCAAAAAUUUGGCAACUUGGAAAACUUGGCAACUAUUUGGGCUCUUACUAUGCUUCAAAUCACGAGACAUGCCAUUUUCUCACAGUAAGUCUGUGUCAUAUAUUCAUAGAGCCUGAAGUUUUAGGGUUUAACCCAAUUCUUCACCCCGAAUUGAAGGUUGCCUCUUAAGGGUGAAACCCGAUUUUUACGCGGCAAAUUGCCCUCACUGCAUCUGCAGGAAUGCACACUAACUUGUUAGGCAGCAAAUGCAGUUACAUCACUGUUUGUUGCAAACCAGUACAGUUAGUUUGAGUAACUGAGCCCGAUUUCUCCACAAAUAUAGCAUACUGGAAGUUUUUCCACUCGAAUUCGAAUGAAUUUAGAGCUCAUGUUUGUUACCCCCCGAAUUUAGAAAAAAUAUUUCCCGAAAACUUAAAGGGACGGUCUCGUAUCCCCUGCCCCUUUCAUAAAGUGUACCAUUCGAUUGCCCUUUGUUGAAAAUGGAAUACUGCUAAUUUACCUGACAAAACACGCCGCAGUUAUUAAAUAACCGAAUUAAAUUGAUAAAGACUGCAGGGCUAGCCACGAUCUGUGUUGGCAACAAUAAGAAUGGCCACGUCUCCCUGUGAGUAAGUCUGUGACAGGAUACAGAAAUCGUCUGCUUUUGCGCGCGCUAGUGCAUCGGCGUGAGCAGACGACUUUCAGAGGUUACUGGGCACCGCGGCAACUCUCGUACAUUUUCUUUCAGUUCUCAGGUGAAAAACGUGCAUUCUAAGUAGUGGCAAGCAUGGUGGUUCAGAACAACUAUGUUAAUCCUCAGAGACAAGUUAAAAGUCGCAGGACAACCCCAUCCACAAUCACAAAUCUGAAGUCGCUGGCCAUCGGCGCGUGCGGUCGCAUUACAGCUCCGACCAAAAAUAUAUUAUGCGCGCUUCCAUUACACUCCCCGUUGUACACUGAUCAUGCUUCGAAACGAAGUGUCGCUGACGAUGUCCAUGGAGAAGGAGUGCGUGUUUAUUUAAAAACCGCAUUAAAUACUCGCGGAAAGAAAACACGUGACUUAGCUUCCACGUAUCCGAUUGUGCGCUACAUUAUGGGAGACCCCACAGUCAAUGCUGGGACUACAUUCUCCGCUCGCGGAGGUAUAUGCCUGAGCGUGCCCAUUUCGAGAGCAAAGGGGAUUACUCAACCCAAGGUGCUUCUGCAAGUUAAAAUUACCAUGACAACGACGACGCACCCGCAGGGCGACGUCAUACGUGACGUAUGCAUGAGAGAAGCGCAGCUUUCGUCGUCUGCUCUUACGGCACGUUUCGACAAAUUCCCCGAAAACGACUUGGUUAUUCUGAAUGAAACUUUGACGGUUGUAUGUGUACAGUACUCGUGAAACUAGUUUUGGCUAAGUGUCGGAAUCACCCCGGCUGUACGAGACCGUCCCUUUAAGGCUCUACAUAUUCAUUUUAGAGUCUCCAGUUCUACCAGGAUUGGUCAGAAUCCAUGUGGCAUUAUGAAGUUUUCCACCUAGUUUUCUAUACAAUUAAAUUUACCUGAGAAAUUAUACCAGAUAAUUGACCUGUAAAAUGCUUAUAGAUGCAGGUUUGUCCUAAAGGUGGGCAUUGGCAGGCUAAAGUGUGUGUGUCUUUCAAUUACAAUGUUUCUAAAGGUUCGUUUGCAAUUAUCACCAGCAACACUGUGUCACUUUUAUCCCAAGGUCCAGCACAACUCACUGGGGGCCAUACAAGUCAAGGAUUACGAACAUUACGUACUACAGAUAUUGCGAGGCAUGUCAAUCUCGAGCAGGUAGUACUUGUGGAUCUGAGCUGAAGGUAGCAUUUUCCUGGUUUAGACGAAUGGAAGUAUGUGGAGGUGACUCACAAGAGACUCACCCAGGGAAAUUCUGCCAUCGGCAUCUUCACACACACCUCACAUCUCAGACUUCAGAUUUGCAAACUGCAAUGUCAGUUCUUAAAAUGUUUGUGACACACUGAUAUUUGUGAUUAACUAAUUGCAUCACAUAUGUAUGAUACUGCACAUCAGUAUAACAGGUGAAAAAAAAAAAAAAAAGUCCUUGCAAAGUCCCUUCAGCAGACUGUGGCAAGAAGCUUUGAUCAUUUCUAGUGGUAAUCAGAAGUGUGUGACACCAAUAACGCCUGCCAUGGCAUCUCAGCCUAAUCAGAUUUAGCAUUUGAUUUGGUACUCAUUUGCUAGUACUGAAUUUCUAUGCGUCUGUUUCAUGCUUCGCUGUAAAAAAAAUGGGUUAAAAGUUCAUAUUGUUGCAAAUACUCGUCCCAGACAUCUAUUUAAUAGAACGUGGGGGUGACAUGUCACAACUCCUCUAAGAAAUCCUGUAUAGUUGGGUUUUCCAGUGAAAAAUUAACUCAAGAAACAUCUUAAGAGCACAACUACAGCUAAAACAAACUACUAUGCUCUAACACAGUGGUUUUCGAAUUACGUUAUUCGAGCUAACCCGCGAUUGUGCCAGCACGACUUCAAAGAUCCUAUUACGAGGAUCCUGUUAUCAAGGAUCCUUCAAGGAUCCUCUACUACACAAUGAUGGAUGCAACUAUGUAAAGGCAGGUCGUAGGUCAAUACAAGAGAAAAGCAAGAGGGGCCCCAUAUCGUAAGGAGAGACUGUGGAGCUGGAUGACACUUGCUGGCUCCAUACUCUUUACAACGAGCGGAGCGUUAGCCAUGACAACACUGGUACAGUGAUCUUUAUGCCUAUCACGAUGCAAAUGUCUUGGUACUUGCUAAAGUUUCACUUGCAGGAGCUCGACAGUAUCAUGCUCGCAGAAGCUUGGUUGAGGAACCAUCGAGCAGGGUCACCGCCACAGACACACAAACACAGACGAAAACAAAAAAGGCCACGAGGCCUUAAUGUGUGAUUAGAGUCUUGUGGUUUGGGUUACACUGGGUAAACCUGUUAUUAUGCCAGAUUUUCAUCAUCAUCAAUUCGGAUAAAACCCGAAUAGCUCCGAAAAAUAACUUGGCAAAGUGCCCAUUCAGCCACCAAUACGGGCACUGGGGAAGAUUUUGGAAAAACAUGAAACCCAAAGACUCAAGAGCCUGUACAUGAUCAGGCAUGUUGUGCUAGUGUUAUUGCACGUUUUUUCGUUACAUGUCACGUGUCUGCCUGCUACACACAUUAUAUGACUAUCUUUGUGUCCAACCUGUCUUUUACUAGUUCAGUGUUUACUCUUAGUUUACAUUUUUAGUUCAUGCCUGGUUCCAUGAGGCACGACUCUAAUAGCAGAUUAUGCCUUCGGUCCAGUGGGUGUAAAUUUUGUGUCAUCCAAUGACAAUUGUCUCUUGCUUCUCAGGACUCGAUGCAUGAAAGACAAAUCUUCAGCCUUGCACAUUUCCAAGUAUAACUGAGUAUCAAAUUCCAAGUCAGUCUUCGAUGCAACGAGCUUUCCAUUUUGUUGCAGACAAUAUUCCACACAAUCCGAGCCCGCUACACUGCUCUCACAUUUAUUUCACAGUGUGCGAGACACGUGAGUUAGCCUGUCAGCGUGUGUUGUGCUAGCUGCCGAGUUGUGAAUGUUUAUAUUGCAGUUGUAAGUUGAAGACACUUGUUAAGUGUAUUAUGUGCUGCUGCUAUGAAAGCCAGCAAGUUUUCAAUAUUCAGCCAGUCAUCGUGUAAACAAAUACUUAUUGUUGCAACACUUGAAGAGUAUGUGAAGUGCUUUGUAUGUUUGCGUGCGUGUGCCUUACGUUGAAGCGUGAAAGAAUAAAGUGUUUACUA